GUGAAGGACGUAAGACGAGCAAUAAAAGCUGUAACUGAUACAUUUGGGGGUUGACGUCCUCCGCCCGCACGGGUUUUCUUUUUUCUUUUCUUUUUUUUUUUUUAAAUAAUUGCCCUCCUUCCCUCCCUCUCCCUUCUCGCUGUUACCGUCAUCGCCCUCAUCAUUACCACCACCUCCACUGGGCGGCCCCUGUUUUUGACGCCGGCGGGGGCGGCCCAAAAUGGCGGCGGCGCGGCUGCUGCUGCUGCUAUUGCUGACGAAAAGCCCGGCCCGGCGCGAGCGACAAUAGAGAAGAGAGAGCGCGUGAAGGGAAGGAGCGGCCGCUCGCUCGCGGGCUGGUCCUCCUCAGCCGCCGCCGCCGCCGCCGUUUUCGCUCUCCGCCGCCCCGCCGCUCUAGCAUGGUGCGGGUCCGCCGCCACUUGCUCCCUUUUGCCGCCCCGAGCUGACCUAUCCUCUCACUGAGGCUCUGCUCUGCUCGCUCUCUUCCGCCGCCAGCAUGGGCGAGAGGUUGGAGCUCAGGCUGAAGUCGCCAGUGGGAGCGGAGCCGGCCGUCUACCCCUGGCCCCUGCCCGUUUAUGACAAACACCAUGAUGCUGCUCACGAAAUCAUUGAGACAAUUCGGUGGGUCUGUGAAGAAAUUCCAGACCUCAAGCUUGCUAUGGAAAACUAUGUUUUAAUUGACUAUGAUACUAAAAGCUUUGAAAGCAUGCAAAGACUUUGUGACAAAUACAACCGAGCUAUUGACAGCAUUCAUCAGUUGUGGAAAGGAACCACCCAGCCCAUGAAACUGAAUACCCGCCCUUCCAAUGGGCUUCUGCGCCAUAUCCUACAGCAAGUAUAUAACCACUCAGUGACGGACCCAGAAAAACUCAACAACUAUGAACCCUUUUCCCCAGAAGUGUAUGGAGAGACUUCUUUUGACUUGGUGGCCCAGAUGAUAGAUGAAAUAAAAAUGACUGAAGAUGACCUCUUUGUAGACUUAGGCAGUGGUGUGGGUCAAGUUGUGCUCCAGGUGGCUGCAGCAACAAACUGCAAGCAUCACUAUGGUGUGGAGAAAGCUGAUAUUCCGGCCAAAUACGCUGAGACGAUGGACAAAGAAUUCAGAAAGUGGAUGAAAUGGUAUGGGAAAAAACAUGCAGAUUACACACUGGAAAGAGGUGAUUUCCUCUCAGAAGAAUGGCGAGAAAGAAUUGCAAAUACAAGUGUUAUCUUUGUGAAUAACUUUGCUUUUGGUCCUGAAGUGGAUCACCAGUUGAAGGAGCGAUUCGCAAACAUGAAGGAAGGUGGUCAGAUAGUAUCCUCAAAACCUUUUGCACCAUUAAACUUUAGAAUAAAUAGUCGAAACUUGAGUGAUAUUGGCACUAUAAUGAGAGUUGUAGAAUUGUCACCACUGAAAGGAUCUGUCUCAUGGACCGGGAAACCAGUUUCUUACUACCUGCAUACUAUUGAUCGAACCAUACUUGAAAACUACUUCUCUAGUCUCAAAAAUCCAAAACUCAGGGAAGAACAAGAGGCAGCUAGACGUCGACAGCAAAGAGAAAACAAGAGUAAUACAACAACUCCAACAAAAGUCCAAGAAAACAAGGACGAUGGUGCUGAAGAAGACAAGAACCUCGGGGCCAACACUGUCAAAAAGCCAUCUCCCUCCAAAGCACGCAAGAAGAAGCUGAGCAAAAAGGGAAGGAAGAUGGCUGGUAGGAAGCGUGGGCGCCCCAAGAAAAUGAACGUGGUGAAUGCCGACCGCAAGAUCAAGAAGAACCAAACCGCGCUGGAGAUUCUCCACGCUCAAACUGUAUCACAAACAAAUUCAUCCUCUCCUCAGGAUGCCUACAGGUCACCUCAUAGUCCAUUUUACCAGCUACCUCCUAAAGUGCAGCGGCAUUCGUCCAACCAGCUCUUGAUUACUCCUACUCCACCUGCACUACAGAAGCUGCUAGACUCUUUUAAGAUCCAGUAUAUGCAGUUCAUGGCUUAUAUGAAAACAAAUCAAUAUAAGGCAACUCUUCAGCAGUUAUUGGAACAGGAAAAGGAAAAGAAUACUCAGUUAAUGGGAAAGGCUCGGCAGUUGUUUACUCACUGCCAAGCUCAGAAAGAAGAAAUCAAACGACUGUUCCAGCAGAAGCUAGAUGAGCUGGGUGUUAAGGCACUGACGUACAAUGACCUUAUCCAGGCCCAGAAAGAAAUUUCUGCUCACAACCAGCAGCUGAAAGAACAGACCAAACAGCUGGAGAAAGAUAAUGGUGAACUCAGGAAUCAGAGUUUACAGCUGCUGAAAGCUAGAUGUGAAGAACUAAAGUUGGACUGGUCAACACUUUCACUGGAAAACCUUCUCAAAGAAAAGCAAGCAUUAAAAAAUCAGAUUUCUGAGAAGCAAAAGCACUGCUUGGAAUUGCAGAUCAGCAUUGUGGAGCUUGAGAAAAGCCAAAGGCAGCAGGAACUCCUGCAGUUGAAAUCCUACAUGCCCUCUGACGAAUCGCUGCCAGCCCAGCCACGCCACAAAACCCACCUGAACCGGGAGGCAGAGCCUGACCACAACACGCUUCACCUGGAGCUAGAGUGCCCCAAGUUUCCUGUGCCCCAGAUCAAUGGCAUGAGUCCCGAACUGUCCAUAAACGGCCAUGCCACAUCUUACGAAAUUCACAAUGCACUCAGCCGACCAGCUUCUAAGCAGACAACUCCUCAAUAUCCACCUGUCCAUGUGGACCAAGACGUAAUUCCUUGCACCCCGAUCCAUAGCUGCAGACAGAAGCUGGACAAAGGCUCAAACUUAUCCCUGCCAGAUUAUACCAGGUUUUCUCCAGCUAAGAUCGCCCUCCGGAGGCAUUUGAACCAAGACCACAUAGGCAGUGGGAAAACAGCACCCAGUGAGAACCAUCAGAGGGCUGAACAUUUAAAAGAAAAUGGCCUUCCAUUUCAAAGCCCUUCAGUAUCAAACAGCAUGAAGAUGAGCCCUCUGGAAGCCAGACCCUCCUCCCCAGCAGCCUUCCCAGCUGGGAAUGAGAAGGCUUUGCGCGAGAGGACGUCUGCGAAUAAUGGGGAGACCAUCACCAGCCUUCCCAUCAGUAUCCCCCUCAGCACAGUGCAGCCCAAUAAACUCCCUGUUAGUAUUCCUUUGGCCAGCGUAGUCCUUCCUAGCCGUGUUGAGAAGGUGAGAAGCACACCUAGCCCUGUCCAUCAGAACCGAGAUUCCUUUUCAACACUUGAAAAACAAUUUGGUGCUAGUUCUCAUAACAGCAUUAGCACUGCUGCUGGUAACAAGCCACUGACCUUGGCUACCUCAGGUUUUUCUUACAUGUCUGGCUCUGCACCAAUUGGCGGGACUGUUCCAAAUAGCCCCGGCCCAUUGAAUCCGGUUGCUGACAGUAUAGCUAUGGAGGAUGUAUCCAGUUCGGGAAGCUUGUUCAACUCCACGGGGUCUCGAAGUUCUACUCCGCAGCAUCCUUCCUUGCUUACAUCGUCCUCACGGAAUUCUGGACAAAACUCGCCUGCACACCAGCAUUCCGCAAGCCCUAGGUUGAACGGCAUCUCCCAGAGCUUGGGAGGGGUACUGCAGUACAUAGAGACUCAAAAAAUGUUUGCCGAAAACGCCAGAGGAGACCCUCCAUCCGACCCCACCUUUUCUGACCCCGAGAGCGAGAGCAAACGAAGGAUCAUCUUCACCAUCUCCCCUGCCACAGGAACCCUCAAACAUUCUCCAUCAAACAAGCACAGCCCCCUCACCGCAAGCAUCCGGACGGAUUGUGGCCAGGCAUACAUGCAAGAUGGGAAGAAGCGUGGCCGGAGGAAGCGGUCCUCCACAGGAACGCCGAGUGUAAACUCUGGGGUGUCACCCAAACGCAAAUCAUUGCCCCCCAUGGCUGGGCUCUUUGCUCAGCCUUCUGGAUCUCCCCUUAACAUCAACUCCAUGGUCAGCAACAUUAACCAGCCUUUAGAAAUAACAGCCAUUUCUUCCCCCGAAAACUCCCUGAAGAAUUCUCCUGUUCCAUAUCAGGACAAUGAUCAGCCACCUGUGCUGAAAAAGGAGAAGCCUCUAAUUCAGACCAAUGGCAUCCAUUACUCCCCGCUAACCUCUGAUGAAGAACAGAGCCUGGAGGAUGACCAUAACAGCACCAGAAUUGAAAGAAAAAUUGCAACAAUAUCUCUGGAAAGCAAAUCUCCACAAAAGCCGCUGGAAAAUAGCAUCAACUCAGCUGGGAGAAAGCAAACUGCUGAAAGCAUGAACAGCAGCAAGUGGAAGUCAACCUUUUCUCCAAUUUCUGACAUCAAUCUUUCCAAAACGGCAGACAGUCCUUUGCAAGCAUCGGCAGCGUCCCUGAAUCAGAACACCCUCUUUGCCUUCAGACCGUCUUCUGAUGACAACAUGGCGGGCGACAAGGCCGGCACGCAUGCGAGGAAACACAUGACUGCAUCCGAUGGGCUUGGCCAAAGUACCAACGCCAUGAAUGGAUUUGCUUACAACGGUGGGCUGUCGGCAGAUGUCGGUUUACAUAGCUUUACUGAUGGUGCUUCAUUUUCUCACAAAACUGCUGACGUGGUGACGGCUCUGGGCGGCUCCUCGCUGGGUUUCCUUGUACAAAGGAACAAAGAGGCUGGAGUCCCCGAGACAAACCCAUUCUUGGGCAAGAGGCAGCUAGAAAGCCUUGGUGGUGGGAAAGGGGAAGAUUUAAGCUGGUCAGGACUGAAAGGCAAAGAGGCCAACGAACUGAGUCUCCGACUGGGAGGCUCUUCGGACAAGGCUUUGGUGCUAAACAACAAAUUCGGCAAAGGACGGGAACGAGAUGUGGAAUUCAAGAACGGCCACAACCUCUUCAUUGCCGCCGCUGCUGCUGCUGCUGUCCCCUCUGGUGGCCUUCUCAAUGGCAAAAGCCUCUCGGCAGCCAGCUCUGGCAAGUCGUCCAGCACGGCCUCCUCUACUCAGACCCACCACCCUUUCUUGAACUCCUUAACCACUGGCACGCAGUUCCCCCUUGGCCCCAUGGUAACAAACUCCUCGGUACUGCAGUCCUUAUUUAACUCGAUGCCAGCCGCCAGCCUAGUGCAUGUAUCAUCAGCUGCCACCCGCCUGACCAACUCACACACGAUGGGGAACUUCUCUCCCGGGAUGACAGGUGGAACAGUUGGAGGUAUUUUUAACCAUGUGGUGCCUUCUGCCUCCUCCUCUUCCUCCUCCUCCAUCCCCUCUCCCUCCACUUCCUCCUUUUCAUCCUCCACUUCCUCUCUCCAUUUUGGCAACGGUGCCGUUUCCAGCUGUACCCUCUUAAGCUUAAAUCCUCUGCAGGUCGCCGCCAGCUCCCCAUCAUUCCAUGUGUCCCCCAACCCAGCGCCGUCUAACGACGCCCAGCAUCUCACCCGCGCCCCACCACGUGCCGCCCUUCGGACCCCACCUCCUCCUAAUGUUUCAUUGCCGCCACCUCCUCCCCUCCUCACUUCUAACUCCGAACCUGUCCUCCUACAGAGUUUGUCAUCUCUGCCAGUUUCAGAGGCUUUCUUGCCGCCAUCUUCCACUGCUAACUCCGCUUUGUCUAUUAAACUAGCUUCUCUUCAGCACAAAACCUCCCGCCCCUCCUUCACUGUCCACCAUCCACCUUUGCCCCGCUUGGCGCUGGCCCAAGCCACGCCUGGGAUCCCACAGUCCAACACAGCUGGCACGCCUGCUAUGUGGGUCACCCUUGGCAUGCAGUCUCCUUAUGCUUCACAUCUCUCUGGAGUUAAGCCACGAUAACGAGCUAGGCUUAGCUUUUAAGCACUGGUGCUCUGUAAGGUAACUAGGACUUCUACCUCAACCUGAUGUGACCUAUGCAAGGACAACAUGGACCAACUUCUCUCAGCUCCCACUGACGGUGCUUUGCCUCUAUGGCUUAAGGGUUCCCCCACCCCACCCCGCCGCCCCACUUCUCUUUUACUACUGGACUCAAACCUAAGUCAUAAACGUAAAAACCAGAGGAAAAUAAAAAGCUACUGUGAAUCUUAAGUUAAAAUAUAUAUUCAAACUGCAGAAGAGAAUGCUUAGAAACAGCUUCCAGUUUGUACUGUUGAUAGAGUUAGAUAUUUAUAUAUUUUUAAAUGUUUAAAACACACACGCCCCCCCCUUGACAAUUUUUUUGUUCCACCUGAAGUUGUAGAACUGAAAGAAGGAAGGAAGAAAGAAAAAAAAAAGAGGAAGGGAACUUUUAACAACAGAAACACCGUAUUCUCUGAAAUAAAAAGACCGGCCGGCACAUCAGCAGAGAUGUAACAGAGCUUCUCUUGGUGCUAUUGACAUCUGACAAACUGUGCCUCUCCAGUUCUGAACCCAUGGUGCUUUUUUUUUUUUUUUUAACAUUUUUUUGGCCUGGUGGAGAUGAUCAACAUGAAGUUCUGUGGUUUUAUGUACAUCACCUGGCUUCUUUUGUUCCUCCUGCUCCCAUGGGACACACGCCAACCAACUAGUUCUUAUAUUGAAAUCAAGAAAGCAGUGGAUGUGGGAGAAGGGAGGGGGGGGAAAUAGCUCUUUUGAAAACUUUUAUUUUUUAAUGAUUCUGACAUUGGUGUAAUUUAUAACGCAAGCCUUGGUCAGCUGUCUCUCUCCCUCCCUUCUUUAUAGCCUCUCCUGGUGGAAUUCGGCUGUGGUGCUCGUGUUGGGCUCUCCGCCAGCGUUCAGACAUGCAGUGGUUGCUUGGAAGGGGGUACUCUGCCUUAAUUGUGUGAAAGCCAAAGGGUUGCAUUAAAAAAAAAAAAAAAUUGAGGGGCUGAGUCACUGGUGAAAAGAAAUUGUAUCUUCUGUGAAUUAUGGGUGGUUAUUAAAAUGAUCCUUGCCAUUCCGGGAGGUUGGUUGGUUGGUUUACUUUGGGCAAUCAAGAAUCAGGUUGUUGACUUGUCAAAAGUCUCAUAGUUGCCAUGCAGGCUGACUCCGUGAAGCUGUGAGUAGACUAGCCUCUGCCUUUGUUUUCCAAAUCGGGGUGUUGGGGGGGUUUUUGUUUUUUGUUUUGGUCUUGUGUGAAAGCCUUCCAGGGUCAUUAGAUCCCAGCCUCCAUCAGUCCCAGGUGGCUAGCAGUCAAGGAUGAUGUGAUUUGCCAUCAUCUGGAGCAGGGGUCUCCAACCUUGGCAACUUUAUGACUUGUGGACUUCAACUCCACAAGUUGAAGUCCACAAGUCAUAAAGUUGCCAAAGUUGGAGACCUUGGGUUCAUGGCUGGUAAUUAGGAAGGUUUUCUCUUUCUUUCUUUCUUCCUCUCCCUCUUUGUUUAGGGGUUUGGGGGUUGCAUCUUCCGGGAUUCAUAUCGUUUGAAAAUUAAUUUGUAAGAAUUCACAAAUUGGAAGAUCAUCCAACCAGCUAAUUUGCCUUUUGUCCUUUACGCCUUCCCUUUGGGAAUACCUAGUGAGCUUAUUAUGUAUUUGCAGAUCCCUAGGAAGUGAUCUAGGAGCCAGAUAGGAAGAGACUAUUCCUAUCUAGCUUUAUCUUCUGCAUACCACCUCCCUUAUUCAGAGGGAAUUGCCUACAUUUUAUAAAGGCAUAAGUCCUUUGAUGUUGGCCUGACCGUUUCUCUGUCAAACUUGAGAAGUCAAGGCAGCUGAAUCUUGUGUCAAGAACGGGCUGCCCUCAGGUUUGUCUGUCGAGUUGAUUUGUUUGAAGUACAGUGUAUUUUUUUAAUUAGAAAGACUUUAAUACUUGAUUGAGAAGCAGCUUUGGGUUUUUGUUUUUGUUCUGUUUUAUCGAAUUGAACACGUGCUGGUUUUGAUAUAUGGCAUUUGCUUUUAAGGAAGCUUUUAAUAUUAUUUACUUUCACGUUAGAGGAAACAACCACAACACUCAAAGUUAAUUUUUCGUUAUCAUGCUGAAUAUAUUUUUUAAGAAAAAAAAAGAAAGAAAGAAAUCAAAUCUGUGAUUUGGGAGUUAUCACUUUACAGAGGAAAAUAUAAGGCACACAGUUUGGGAAAAGCAACAAAUAUUUUAUAGAAAAUGACGGUGAUUCUCGUUUAUUUUUGUAUCAGACUGUUCAUAGUAAAAUAGGAAGAGGGAUAUGGUUUAAUUUUUUCAAGCAUGUAAAAGCAAGUGUGAAAGGAAAGGAAAACUUUGGUGUAAACCUUUGAACAGAAAAGAGCAAGAAUUGUGAGUAGAAAUCCAAGUGAUAUGAAGAGCAAGGUAAAAACAGGUCAGUGUUCCCAUUCAAUGAGAAUCAAUCAAUUGAUCAUAUUACUAAACCCGAAUAUCUUUUUCAGACAACUUUAGAAAAUACAUGCAUGCAGGCUUAAAGCUCUAGGUAAGUCUACUACAGGAUAAUUCCAUUUUUAUUUUUAUUUUUUGCCUUUUUGAUUCCACAGUGCAUAUCCUUCUGGCUGUUUUAGACUACAGAUUCUCUUAAUCUCAGCAAGCCUCACCAAAGUUCAGGAAUGAAGUGAGAACAGGUUAAGAACAACAGGCUUGGGUGAGAGAAAAAUGCUUUAGAAAGUUGAGCUCUUUCUGAUGAUAUUGAAAGACAUCCUAGGUUUUGUAUAAUUUCUGCAUUUUUUCCCUUUGAGCCAAAAGAGGGAAUAAGGUGGGGGGGGGAUUGCCAAACACUAUCCAGUUUCCCUUAGGAAGAAGACGUUUUUUUAUACCAACUGCGUUGAAGGUUUUGAGACGCUUGGCAACCUGGAACAAACACCACAAAAUAAUUCUUUAAUAAAAGGAUGGUUAUUUUUCCUAGCUUGCCAUGAAGAAAGGAAGGAGAUUGUAGGACAGGAAGAAGAUUUUAAAAGGUGACCAAGUAUUUGAGUCCCUAGAUUUUAAGGCACAGGAAUGUGGAGUUUGCUACCUUCCAGAGUUUCUCAAUUUCAGCAGCGUGUAACUUUAAGAUGUAUGGACUUGAAGGCUUGCUGGGGAAUUCUGGGAGUUGAAGUCCACACAUCUUAAAGUUGUUGUGUUUGAGAAAUAUUGCACAAGAGGCACGUUCUGGCUGGGUAUAGAGGAGACUUUUCACUCUUGAGGCAGUCAUUAUAACUUGAAUCGUGUACAGCAUAUUCACCUGCAGUCUUUUUAAAAUCUAACCCCUUUCUUGAGUUUUCUCUCUGUUGUGGUUGCAAGGGCAAGCUCCGGAGUGUGGCAUUUUAUCUGCUUGCUUUCUAUUUUUCUUCCCCUAUCUAUCUUAGAAAGCCUAAUAAAUCCCCAGUUUUGUUAUUGUACUGCCUUCCCCCAAAAAGUUUAAAUAAGGGGCCAUAGAUUAGGAACCUCUUCAGAAUAUAUGUGAGCUACAGGAUAACGCAGCAUAAAGUUAAUUUCUUUUUCUUUCUUUUUUUAAAGAAAAAUGAGUGUGCUGGUCAAAAUACACAUUCAAUGAAAUUGAUUUUAGUAGAGCAUAAUUAGGUGGCUGUUUCUCUUUGGACAAGCACGAUUAUGCAAGAGGGGGGGCUAUGAAGCUAUCUUCCCCAAGCACUCUGCCUUAUUCCACAAUGAGCAUCUGAUUUCUUGUUGGUGCUGUUCAGGUGUAAGAAAUGCAUAAUGCAAGAAGUUGGAUUUAUGAAGCUUAACCGUUGUGAAAUCGUCUGUCCAGCUACAUGAUUAUCUCACUAUUUCUGAGGCCAAGAUAAAUCUCUAUGGUGCUCCAAUCAGUUCUUUGCACUACGAGGUAUUGGGAAACGAAACCUGUACCCUUUCCGAUGUGGAGUUUGUCCUGGCUGAGAAGAAACUUAAUGGCUAAGAAAUCUUUGGAACAUUUCUGGGUCAGUCAGGAUGUUUAAGUGGAGUGGGUUAGUCAUAUUCCUUCCUAGGCACUUCCUGCUUGCUGGGUUUUGUGGAUAUUUCCCCCCCCACCCCGCACGUAUCCAAUCUCAGCUGCAGCUAAAGAAAGAAGUAUUUUUCAACCUGUAAUCUAUCUGUCCUUAAAUGCGCAGAAAAUGAAUUUUAAGCCGAUUAGAAAAUCACAGCCUGUAUUUCGUGCAAUUGCACUUUCAGGAAAACAAGCGCAAACACUCGACCUGACCCCAUUUUAGCAUAGGUUAUGGUGCUAUUAAUCUGGGUGCUUUCUCGGGCCAGCCUGGGAUCUGUUCUUAUCCAUGUUUCUUCUUAGAUUCUUCCAAGCACAGGUACAGCUGAUUUGUCACUGUUAUAGAUAAUCUUGUUUGUUGUUUGUUCUAGUGUAAGGCUCUUGUCCUUAAUGAAAUGUGGCUUUAUCAGUGCUCAAUGUCUUGAUGGCACCCCUUUCAUCCGUGUAAUGGGAAGCGUGCAGUCUUGAAAUAUAACCAUUUCAUGUAUUUUGCUUCCCCCUCGUCUUGCCUUUAAAUAUCUUGACUAUCUUGCAUCUUCUCUUUGGCCUGAUAUGUAAGCAUUUUUUAAAUUUAUGCUCAGAGCCCAAAAUCAGUGAAUGACAUAAUUAUCUACAAUUGGGGGUUGGGGGGUUGGGAAGGGGAUGUUGUGUAAUUCAUGUGUGCUAUCACAGCAGCAAAAAUCAGAGAAACUUGCAUUCAAGGGACAUAUUGUUUGAAAAUAAGAGAACUGAGGGGAGGGCAUGUGUUCUCCCACGAGAUACUAUAUAUGCAGGGAACUACAGAUGAUGGAGCAGACUUUCACUGCGGAAUCUGAUCCGAUCUUUCUGAUGCAGGAGGUUAAACAUUAAGGUUUCAUCUCCAAAGUUUCUAAAUUAGCUUGUAUGGAUCCUUAAUAUCCAGGGAGAUCUUUUUAAAAUCUGCCCAGAGUUCACUAGAGUUGCAGUGUGUAAUAUCCAGUAAUAGUUUGGGGAUACAGGGAGAGUAACUCAGUUUAGGGGGACUCUCUGGAUUCCAGGGUGGCAGCCUUUUCAAACGCCUGGUUCAAGCUGAAGCAGUCCCCUGUGCAAAUUUCAGGGACUUAAUGAGGGGAUUUUCAUAUUAUUUAAUUCAUUUUCUCCCAUAUGCUUCUCUCCUACCCCGCACAUAGGUCGUGCUGCAGUUUUUCAAAGAUUACCCUUGCUAACUCUUAAGAUUUAUUUUUUCUUUUUUUAAAAAAUGAGGGGAAAAAAUGGUGGGUAAGACAAGUCUAGCUCAUAUGGUGACUUGUGUCAGCGUUUUGCAUUUUUGAGCCUUUUGGAUAUAUUCUCUGCAGAAUGGAACGGACGUCUGUGUUGGAGUUCAAGGGGAACUUCAGUCAAUAAUGGAAAUUGCUGCUGCUCAGGAAUUCAUUUGUAAAAUAUUAAAAAAAAUUAUAUAAAAUCCAUUUGUAAAUGGAUUGAAGAGAGUAUCCAUUUUCUUAAAAGGUGGCAAUAUGGGAUGUUUUUUUCCUAGGGUCUAGGAAUUGAUUUGUACACAUUAGCCCAUGAACAUGAAAUUUAUUUAAAGAUUAAAUUUUCCACUGUGGAAAAUAGGACUACUAGGUCUGAGCUGCAAAGAAACAGAUGCUAGCAAAGAUGCAGAAAUCUCCUUGCUACCUUCUAGUAGCUGUUCAGAGGCUUGCAGUCCAGAUCGGAUAAUCCUAUUCCAUCGUAUCUUUGUCUCGUCUUGUUUUAUAAACUUUGCUCCUUAAGUUUUAUCUGCCAUUCUUCCAUAAAAGUCACAUAGAAAAUUCUGGCAUGUGUAUAUAUGUAUGUAAUAAUAAGCUUAUCGAUAUAUUUUCCACUCUUCCGAUCUUUCCAGUUCUAGAAUUUCCAUUCUAAUCUUCUCUUUGAAUCUUCCCACACUUCACUUUGAUUUGUAAAUGAAAGAAAAAUGGCUUUUGAAGUUUGUCUUUAUAUUAAAAAUGUAUGUAUUUUAAUACACUGUACUAAA